AUGACAACCUCUAAUUUGAGUAUUGAACAAUUGGCUUCAUUCUACCUCUCUGGGAUUCCUGGGUACGAGGAUGUUCAACACUUUAUUUCCAUCCCCUUUUGUGUGUUCUAUCUGAUUGGAAUAGGGGGCAACUGUACAGUUCUUCACAUCAUCCACACUGACAAGAGUCUCCAUGAGCCCAUGUACUACUUCCUGGCCAUGCUGUCCCUCACAGAUAUGGGCAUGUCCAUCUCCACCCUGCCCACAGUACUGAGAAUCUUCUGGUUUGAUGCUAAACAGAUUGAGAUGAAUAUUUGUAUAGCCCAGAUGUAUUUUAUUCACACUUUUUCUCUAAUGGAAUCAGCUGUGCUCCUAGCCAUGGUUUUUGACCGCUGUGUUGCCAUCAGUGAUCCUUUGAGGUAUUCCAGUAAACUUACCCCACAAUGCGUUGUCUGCAUAGGGGUCUUCAUCAUAAUCAGAUGCUCCACUGUCCUCCCUGUUGUUCUUGUUCGUAUCCCCACAUUUUCUUUCUGUCACUCCCACGUUCUCUCUCACUCCUGCUUACAUCAAGAUGUCAUCCUAUUGGCCUGUUCUGACAUCUCAUUCAAUGUUUUGUAUGGCUUGUUUGUUGUUGCAUUUUAUUGGGGUGUAGAUUCUCUAGGAAUCUUUUUGUCUUAUACUUUCAUCCUCCACUCUGUGUUGUGCAUUGCAUCCCGGGGAGGGAAACUCAAAGCCCUCAGUACAUGUGUCUCCCAUAUUUGUGCUGUGCUCGUUCUAUAUGUGCCAAUGAUAGGUUUGUCCUCAGUGCAUCGUUUUGCAAAACAUUUCUCUUCCAUUAUUCAUAUUACCAUGGCAGAACCUGUUAGUUCCACUGGUUCUCAACCCAAUUAUUUAUAG